AUGAAGAUAAAGCUUAGAUACAAUUCUUGGGUUCUCAACCAGCAAUACAACAGUGCACUCUCACUCACUAUAAGUCAUGCACUCACUGCACUCCUCGCUGCCUCAUUGCGUAUCAACCAGCAGCAUCAAUGGCCACCACCGAGCCACCACAAUGACGACGAUGACCAUGUGCCAGCGGAGGACGAGGACACGGGAGCGCAGGUCGCUCCGAUCGUGAAGCUCGAAGAGGUCGCCGUCUCCACUGGUGAAGAGGAAGAGGAUCCCAUCCUUGAUCUGAAAGCGAAGCUGUAUCGGUUCGAUAAGGAAGGGAAUGAGUGGAAGGAGCGUGGUGGUGGAAACGUUAAGCUGCUGAAACAUAAGGUCAGCGGGAAGGUGAGGCUCGUCAUGCGCCAAUCCAAGACGCUCUCAAGAUCUGCGCCAAUCAUCUUGGUAUUAUGCAUUGCUUUCUAUCUUUUCAGUUUUUGA